AUGAGUCCCACCUCCGCGGGCAGUGUGGCAGUGGACCAGAGCAUGUUUGAGAAUGCCAGCGCCAGCACAGCACCCACCCCGCGGCCACAGCACAUCCCCGCUGCAGCAGGCGCCCCGCUGCAGCCCUCCCGCCCUGCCAGCAGCCAGCACCUCCGCAACCUGGGCAAGGCCGUGGGGGCCAAGGUGAAUGACCUCCUGCGCCGCAAGGAGCCAGCUGGCCUCCCUAGCGUGGGAGUGAUGGAGGUGAAUGCCAGCGCUGGGGCCAUGCUGGGCACAGGACAGACAGCCAGCGAGGACAGGGCUGUGGGGCUGGACACAUUCCCCAGGCUGGACCCCCCGCCCCCUGUCACCAAGAAGCGGACGCCGCGUGCCCUGAAGACCCCACAGGACAUGCUCAUCGCACCGCAGCUGGCAGGGACCACCCCAAGGAGCAACACGGAGGAGGCCCCCGAACUGCCCGCAGCCCACCCCGACCCUGCAGAGGAGUGGCUGGGGAUGAGGGACCCAUCCCCUCCAGAAUGCCCUGGGGUCCCCAGCAUGACCGGCACCCCACAGCCGAGCGGGGACCAGCCUACCACUGCCCUCCCCGUGCCUGACCUCAUUCAUAAGGGCAGCCUGGAGAGCCACUGGCGAGCAGGCGAGAGGGCCACUGAGACCUCACCCCACACAGAGAAGCCCUCCCGGAGACCAGGGCUGGAGCACGAGCUGCCAGGGAGCACAGGGCGGCCAGAGUCAUGCACCCCCAGCCGGGAGGCAGAGGGGCCCCAUCCCGACCUGUUGUCCUUUGAGUAG